UAUUAAUGAGAUAAUUUAGCGGGUCAUGGAAUAGAAGAGGAGGAAACAGAAGAGGAAGGGAUUUUCGAGGAGGAAAUUAAAAUUUCAGAAACUCUAGAGGGAAUGAUUAAAGACCUAAUAAUUAAUAAAGAAAUUUCUAAAAUAAUAAAUUUAGAAGAUAAUCAAAUUAAAAUCAAAAUCAAAAUACAGAUAGAUAAAGAAGCCAAAAUUAAAAUAGAAGAAAUAAAACUUAAAGAGGAAGAGGAAACUAAUAAGGUUUCAAAUAAUAAGUUUCUUAGCGAAGAAGAAGACUUGGUUUUAAAUAAAAAAAUUAAAAUGUAAUUAAUUAAAUUUUAAAAAGGGUGAAAAAAGAGAUAAUUAAAGAUUCAUUAAGACAGGAAGAAGAAAGAAUUAAGUAAAUUCUGAAGUUCUUAAGAUUGCAAAAGAGAUUUAGAGUAUAUAUUUUACUAUAUUUAGGGAAAAAUAAAUUGGAAUAAGAUUUAGAAAAAUAUUGGAAAAAAGGAGACCAAAGUAAUAAAGAGGAAAAUCCCCAUCAAGGAAUAAAUAAUGAUAAAUGAUAG